AUGCGCCGCUUGCAGAAGCGCCCGGGCGGCAUCCACCGGACGAAUCUCUACCGCCGCGGGCGGCGCGGCGGGCGGCAGCUGAGCCAGGACGAGCUGACGUCACGCCUGCUGCAGAGCCCACAACUAGCGGCGGGAAACGCGGCGGGCUGGCCGCUGCUUAGCGCGUGUCUGUCCCCGUUGCCGUUAGCGCGGGAGGAUCGGGAAUGGAUCUGGGCGAAUGGGGAUGAGAUUAAGGAGGGUUUAGGGCUUUUGAUGGCAGAAGAGGGGGAUUGGUGGGAGACAGUGGGAGAGGGUUCAGGGAUGGUGAUGGCAGUGGUGCAUGCAGGUGAGAUGGUGCUUGGUCCCACAGGCGGCAUGGGCGGGUUUGUGCUGGAGCUGGCUCUGGCUGAGAUGCUGCUGCAGGCACGGGAGGGUUCGUGCUGGAGCUGGCUCUGGCUGAAAUGCUGCUGCAGGAAUGUUGCUGCCACGUGUGAUGGAUGGUACAGGAAUGUUGCUGCCACGUGUGAUGGAUGGUACAGGAAUGUUGCUGCCACGUGUGAUGGAUGGUACAGGAAUGUUGCUGCCACGUGUGAUGGAUGGUACAGGAAUGUUGCUGCCACGUGUGAUGGAUGGUACAGGAAUGUUGCUGCCACGUGUGAUGGAUGGUACAGGAAUGUUGCUGCCACGUGUGAUGGAUGGUACAGGAAUGUUGCUGCCACGUGUGAUGGAUGGUACAGGAAUGUUGCUGCCACGUGUGAUGGAUGGGGGCCCUUUGUGUCGGAGCUGGCUCUUGCUGAGAUGCUGCUGCAGGUGAGCUUUGAUGAUGGUGGUGAGAGAAUGGAGCUGGCAGGUGCGGGCGUGUCGGAGCUGGCCGAUUUUUUAGUCGACUAA